AUGGCUGAGAAAGACUCUCUCGCAGUCGACUUUGACAAGACAGGCCCCGAAACCAGCUGCGUUGAACAAGCAGAUGAAGAGCCCGAAUUCCACGUGCGGACCUGGAUUGCACUGAUUGCUAUGCCCGCCGGCUUCGCCAAAGAUUUAAGCGACAGCAAGCGGGAGACUUGGAUUCCGAAUGCGCUUUCCCUCGUGCAGGCAGUUCUAGCACUGGUCAUUGCGUCAGCGUCAGAUGCAUUCCAGUUCAGUAAAACGAUUAUGGUCGGUUGCUCGACGGUAUCCUUCAUAGGAGCAGCAACAGCACCGGGUUCAACCAGUAUUUACAGGGUUAUUGUGGCUCAAGUACUGAUCGGUUUUGGUUUCGCGACUGUUCCGUUGGCAUACACGGUUCCUAGUGAGAUCUUGCCCAAAAAAUGGCGACCAAUGGCACAAACCUGCAUGAAUGUAGCUGCUGCUAUUGGAGUCACCACCGGACCACUCAUUAUCGGUGCGUUGACGAAACAAAAUGCGCAUACUGGCUGGCAAUAUUUCUUUGCUAGUGGUACCUUGAAUGUCCCUUCUGCCAUUCAUCUAUACCAAAUGGCUACAGUGGAUACAGAUGGGCCUAUGGGGUCUCACUUCAGUCUGCCUAAUUAUUGGUUACCGUCCGCCAAAAAGAAACACCAGCCUAGGUCAUCUUUCGCUUCUCCAGAAGUGGAGGGGAUAUUGGAUCUCCCUGGUGCUGCACUGCUCACCACUGGCCUGACACUAUUCCUCGUGGGACUGAAUCUAGGAGGAGGUCUCUAUGCAUGGACCGCCGCUCCGGUUCUCGCGACGCUGGUAUUAGGAUUGAUCGUGCUUGUGCUAUUCGGUCUCUACGAAUGGAAGGGAACGCAGACUGGUAUUCUCAAUCAUGAUCUAUUCCGGGGAGGAAAGCAAAGGGGACGGACAUUUAACCUUUGUGUGGCACUCAUAUUUAUUGAAGGCAUUCUACUAUUUGCCUAUAUUCUAUUCUAUCCCAUUAUGACUUCCUUUUUGUUCGAAACAGACCCCUUUCUCCAAACAGCAAGAGAUGUACCCAUUUUGGUUGCCUGUGCAUUCAGUACCGUUCCCUAUGGCUACGCGAGCACAAAGUUAAGGACGAUUCGAUUACCGCUAUUUGUCGGAUUCCUGAUCUUCACCUGUGGAAUGAUCGGGUUAGCCACGAUUGAGCCCUCUGAUAAUGUCUCCGCGAUCAUUUUUGCUGGGCUCGCUGGCAUCGGAUUUGGUGCACCGCUCAUUCUCAUCAUCGCUGGCGUUCAGUUGUCCACGCCCCACGAAUUGAUUGCCACAGCCACAGCGGCGACCACAAGUGCACGAGCAGUGUCUGCCACUGUUUUCACAGCCAUCUAUUCCGCUGCCCUGAAUAGCUGUCUAGCAAACUAUAUCCCAAGUUAUAUAGCCAAGGCAGCGAUAGAUACAGGGUUACCGAGUACAUCUGUGGGGCCAUUCAUCGAAGCCCUAUCGAACAAUGCCAACAGUACAGUGCUCGAAAGCAUCCCCGGGCUGACAACGUCUAUUAUAGACGCUGGUUCCGCUGCCUUGAAGCAAGCACACGCAGAUGGCAUGCGUGUCGUUUUCAUCAUCGCGGCCCCAUUUGGUACGCUCGCACUUGUCAUUUGUUUCUUCUUAGGAGAUUUGACCAAGACCAUGAACUAUCACAUAGAUGCGCCAGUGAAAGAGCUUGACUUUAAGAAUCAUCAUGGCACGGCUUCGUGA